AUGACACGCUCGUUCGAUAAAACGAGCCGCAAAGGCAGUGAGGGGACGCUGCCUUUCUCUAGUGCACCUACACAAACAAGCACGAUUCGAGACAUGUCACAAACCUCACUUCAGUCCGGCAGCGAGCCAGACUGGCCGCGUUCAUGGCGGGCCUACGCUUGCUUGCUCGGCUGCUUCUUCCUCAUGUUCAACUCCUGGGGCCUCGUAAAUGCCUACGGGACAUGGUCUUCAUAUUAUGUUGGCCACUCACUUCUUGGAACAGAUCAGCUGAAGCUGAACCUUAUUGGAUCGACACAGUCCUUCCUCGUUCUGUUGCUGUCUAACCCAGUUGGCCGACUUCUGGAUGCCGGCUACUCCCGCCACGUUAUUGGAUUUGGCUCAAUCUGUGUGCCUCUGGGCCUCUUCCUCCUCUCCGUGGUCCAUCCCUCAGACAUCGGCGCCCUUGCCAACUUUGGCUCCAUCUGGGGCCUUCAAGGCCUCAUGGUCGGCCUGGGCAUGGCACCCUUCUUCGUCUCCAGUUCUCAAGUCGCUUCAACAUGGUUCCCAAAGCGCAGAGGCCUCGCGGUCGGCUAUGUUGCGUGCGGUGCCAGUGUUGCAGGUGUCAUCUACCCCACGAUGCUCCGCUACUUGAUCCUGUCCCUGGGCUUCAACAAUGCCGUCCGCUGUGUUGCAGGGCUCACUUCAAUCACCUGCAUCUUCUCCUUCAUCUUUGCUGCGCCUAACCCAGACCACGACCACCACGAGCCAAAGACGUGGAUGGCCAAGCGAACAUGGUUCGAUACUGACGUAAAGACCAAUCGGUCUUUCUGGUGGUUCACUGCAGCCGUCGCCUUCAUGUUCUUUGGCUUCUAUCCAGUCUUCUUCAACAUUGAAGAGGUAAGCAUAGUCAGCUCUCGUUACGGUACCCGUGACGGCGUCGGUAGCAUCACGCCUACAGAGGAGACCAAUCAACCCAUUGAGACCUUCUGGCUCCUCACCAUCAUGAACGGUGCCUCAACACUAGGACGACUCCUCCUCGCACACUUCUCCGACAGGGUCGGCGCACUCAACAUGCACAGUGCUGCCCAGAUUAUCUGCUCUAUCCUCGUCCUCGUCAUGUGGCCCCUAGCCAAAUCUGAAAAUGCUGCCAUCGGCUUCUGUGUCAUCUUUGGUCUCUUCUCUGGCACAGUCAUUGGCUGCCCUCCGGCUUCCAUCGCCAACAUCCUCAACUGCACAUACACCAAAGUUGGGGAACUUGGUUUCGCAAAGAAGAAGCUGGGCCAUUGGACCGGCAUGAUGUACAGCUUCGCCGCCAUUCCCGCGCUUACCGGGCCUGUCAUUGCAGGACACCUCAUCACGACAUACAACACGUACCUCACUCUGCAAAUGUGGUCGGGCUUCUGCCUAUUCAUCUCCUUCAUCUGCAUGGUGGUUGCGCGAUGGUACCUGCCCUGCGUAGACGGCGAGAUGGUCCGCACCAAGAUUGCACGCAAGCUCGGCCGCCACGUCGACCCCGUCGGCGAGAAGGGCUACAUGAGCGAAGGCGAUUGCCUCUCGCAAGCACCUACCCGCGUACAGAGCGAGCUGCCCUCUCGGCAAAACUCCAGCGACAAGAUCGACCGCCCCGAGCGCAUGGUCUAA